CUUAAUGCACUGUCGGAGCUAUAGCUCCACCGAAAAGGCAAAUCCAAGCUCAAACCGCCAUAGCCUCCGGCAAUGUCGCCGGAGAUCCUGUCGGCGCAGCCACCGCCUUAGACGUGAAAUUCGAAGCGAAAUAUCCGCUCGCGAACGAAAAUGCCUCUCGCCUCCUCCGUGCCGCCGCCGCAGAACCUCAAGCACCGCGUCUUCACGUGCCUGAACAAGCUCUCCGACCGUGACACCUAUGGCGUAGCCUCCGUAGAGCUCGAGUCCAUUGCUCGCGACCUCGAGCCGAGCUCCCUCGGCGCGUUCAUCUCCUGCAUCCACACCACCGACGCCUCCGACAAGUCGCCGGUGCGGAAACAGUGCGUCCGCCUCCUUGCCGUCCUCUCGGAGAGCCACGGCGACUCUCUCGCUCCUCACCUUACGAAGAUCCUCUCCGGCGUCAGGAAUUUGGUGCCUUGUUUGGUGCAGUUUCUGAGCAGCGAGGACUGGGCAGCGAGGAAGGCUGCGGCGGAGGCGCUGGUGAAGUUGGCGGUGUUGGAGAGAGACGCGUUAUCGGAUUUCAAGGCCGGGUGCUUGAGAACCUUCGAGAAUCGGAGAUUCGAUAAGGUGAAGGUUGUGAGGGAGGUAAUGAGUCAGAUGUUGGAGGCUUGGAAGCAGAUUCCAGAUGUCUCCGGCGACGUUUCGCCGCCGCCUCACUCACAGGCUUCUUCAAAAGAGAAUGCGAGCGACGGACGCUAUCCGCCGGGGUCGAGAAACUCCGGUGCCGUUGGUUCCGAAGCUCUUCAUUUGAGGAAGAAGUCCGGUGCCGUUGGUUCUGAAGCUCUUCAUUUGAGGAAGAAAUCCAUCCUAGCAAGCAGGUCAACUCCACCAGAUAGCUCAUAUGCCACCACUGCUAGGAAGAGAACUCCUCAUAAAGGUAGUGACAAGAAAGCGAGCCCAUCAAUGUUUCAAAAGAAGAAGCCUUUGAACUGGAAGGUUGAGAUAGCUGUUCCGAACGCUGCUUCCCAGAAAAAGGUUCUUGAGGAUGAUUAUGACGAAAGAGACGAAAAUGAUCCAAAGAGAAGGAUAAAUGAGAAAGCUAACCUAUCAAAACCAGAAACGAAAAGGGCACUGUUCCAUAAAAAUUCUGAGGACAAGGGGCACAAGUUUGGUGGAUUCAGGUCUGGAUCCCGUGUGGUUCCAUAUCAAGAGGAGAGCAAAAAUUCUACAGUCCUGGUCAGCAAUGUUUCUGAGGAUAUCCAUAAGAACCAUAUUGAAUGUGAAGAUUUGUCUUCCAUUCGCCAUCAACUUGUUCAGAUCGAAAAGCAGCAAUCCAGUCUAUUAGAUCUUCUACAGAGGUUCAUUGGGAGCUCGCAGAAUGGAAUGCGUUCCUUGGAGACCCGUGUGCAUGGACUGGAAUUAGCACUGGAUGAGAUCUCUUAUGAUCUGGCUGUGUCAACUGGAAGGAUGUCAAAAACGGACUCCUCCAGAACAACAUGUUGUAUGCUCCCUGGUGCAGAUUUCUUAAGCUCCAAGUUUUGGAGAAAAACAGAAGGCAGGUUGUCAGCACCAAGGAUUUCCACUUCAAGUGGCACCCCCUCGGUUGCAGCCAUGCGCUACAGAGAUGAUGCAAAUGGCAGUGCUGAAAGGUUUAAGUUAAACCGCCGGUUUCGGCUGCAAGGUGGUGGGUUUAUUGUGAACCCACUAGCGGAGAUUCAAAGCGAUUCAAGGGGUAAUACAGAGGUGGUACAUCAGUAGCAAAUGAAUUAGAACUGGGAGUUGCUAUUAACUUAUCUGGGAUACAGCUUGUUAUGAUGUUUGAAUUUGAAGACAAACCUGAAAUGGAGCUAAUUAACCAUCAAAUGGUCGAGUCAAGAUCAAGGUUGUGUGUCUACAAUAUAUACCUAGGCUUUCAACGAAGAAAUGCGUCGACUAAAAAUACAUCAAGGAAGCAUUGUUUUUCAGUAUUAAUCGGAGAAGUUUAUCGUGCAUUUGGAAUGUCGAAAGUGGGCAAUAUCUAUUCAGUUUAUUCGCCCAAGUGCAGCUUUCCUGGCUCUAUUAUGAUUCUUUCUAUCAAGAUUCAAAACUGCCGAGUUGAAAAAACUCACUUUACCAUCUAAUGCCACUAUCUUCAUACAGAGGGUGAAAUGUAUAGAGGAUUAGGGAUUUUCUUUUCUUUCUUUAAUUUGGAGUCAUUUUGUAUCUUUUUUAUCGGUUGGCCAUACUAAUGAAAAUCGAUGAAUACGAUGA